AUGAGGAUACUGAACAAGCUCACUCCAGAGAAGUAUGAUCUUCUAAAAGGACAACUUAUUGACUCCAGUAUCACAUUAGCGGAUAUCUUGAAGGGGGUUAUUUCGCUAAUAUUUGAGAAGGCUAUGCUGGAACCCACUUUCUGUCCUAUGUAUGCACUCCUAUGUUCUGAUCUGAAUAAUAUGCUUCCCUCAUUUUCUUCCGAUGAACCUAGCGGAAAAGAUAUCACGUUUAAGCGAGUCCUCCUGAAUAACUGCCAUGAGGCAUUUGAUGAAGCUUAUAAGCUCAGGGAAGAAGUGCGGCUUAUGACUGCCCCUGAGCAAGAGAUGUAG